CUAUCAAUUAACAUCCAUCCCUCUACUUAAAGAGGCAAAAUGAAGCCAUUUUAACUACCCAGAAUUUAUUUUCAACUACACUUUCCCUCCACCUCUUGAGUCUUUAUUCUUCAACCUCUUCAUCCAAUUUUCUUUCUCAAUCUUUCUCUCUUCCCCACAAAGGCAACUUGAAAACCCCACAAAUUUCUAAUUGAAGCAACCCAUCUAACAAAUAAAAAAUUAAUUUAGAGUACAAAAUUUCGCCAUAUUCUUCUCUCUAUCUUGUGAAAAACCCCAGAUCUCACACCUUGCAGCUGCCUUUUCUGUACAUUACAGCAACCUCUUUAGUCUUAAGUCAUAAAUUUUGUCAAAGAUCUUACCUUUUACUAGAACUAGAUCAUUUCUUGUGUUCUCUUGAAGAAGAUUAUUUGUGUUUUUGGGUUCCAUUGAAUUUUUGUGAUGAAUUGGAAAUAUAAUGCUGGACUGGUCCUCAUAGGAACUGUUGUUGUCAUCUGGGUUUCCUCUGCUGAAGUUACCCAGGGAAUAUACAAUGCAUAUAAACAACCAUUUGCUGUGACAUAUCUUGGAGCAUCUUUAAUGGUCGUUUACCUUCCCAUAUCCUUUUUGAAAGAUUGUUUUUACCGUAAAAUGAAAAGUUGCUCAUCAAGGAGCGGGAUGCUGGCUGAAACUGUAAAAGAUUCUGUGGACAUACUGGAUUCUCCUCUGAAAUAUGUUGAGCAGAAAAUCUGUUCAAUGGACCUCGAGGGGAAUCUUACAAAAAAGGGCAGUGAUUUGAACCUUUCUUUGCAAGAAGAAAAACCAUUCCUUGAUGAGGGUUUAAGGAAACAAGACAGGGAGCCCACAAAAUGGGACAUUGUUCGAUAUGGUUUAUACCUUGCUCCUCUUUGGUUCGCAGUUGAGUAUCUCUCAAAUGCGGCCCUUGCUCGUACUAGUGUUGCAAGUACGACAGUCUUAUCCUCUACUUCCGGACUUUUUACCCUAUUCAUUGGAGUACUCCUUGGAGAGGAUUCACUGAACAUGGCAAAGGUUGUUGCUGUCUUUGUUAGCAUGGCCGGUGUUGUUAUGACAACUCUGGGAAAAACUUGGGCCGCUGAUGAGUCACAACUUAAUAGUUCAAGCGAUGGAGAACGUUCACUUGUGGGGGAUCUUUUUGGGCUUCUCUCAGCUAUGUCAUAUGGGCUAUUCACUGUGCUGUUGAAGAAGUAUGCUGGUGAGGAAGGAGGGAAGGUGGACGUUCAGAAACUUUUCGGAUACAUAGGAUUCUUCACUCUUGUAGCCCUUUGGUGGCUUGUAUGGCCAUUAACAAUUUUAGGAAUUGAACCGAAGUUCACAAUUCCGCACUCUGCUAAAACAGAUGAAGUAGUUCUUGCCAAUGGACUUAUUGGAAGUGUUCUCUCUGAUUACUUCUGGGCAUUAUCUGUCGUAUGGACAACUCCAUUGGUUGCAACUUUGGGAAUGUCUCUCACAAUUCCACUUGCAAUGUUGGCUGACAUGGUUAUACAUGGUCGGCAUUACUCCGCUGUAUAUGUUCUUGGCUCCAUCCAGGUCUUUGGUGGUUUCGUAAUUGCUAAUCUUUCGGAUUGGUUCUCAAAGAAGCUGGGGUUAUAAAUCUGCUGGAAAUACGUUAGCGCAUUCUUAUAUUCUUUCUCUCGUCAUCAGCUUUGUUCUUUGGGCGAGAAUCGUCAUAAAAAGGAGCACCCUUAGGGGGUUAUCGACGGCCAUUUACACAGAAUAGAAAGAACAAAAGGAUUGUACUGUAAUUCUUGUUUUCAUGAAAUGUGAAAAUUGAUAGUCAAGAUUGGUUAACCAAAAAAGGAAAAAAUGUCCAGUUUCUGUAUGGUUCUUGCACCGUUUUUGUAUAUACAUUGCCUAUGUUUAUUUAGGAAAUAAAAUUCUAGUCAAUUUUGUGUUGAAAGUUACUAUGUAUGUUCUUAUUUGGACAACAACCCUACACCCAAUGUUGAUAGAAUCUCGAUCGGAUCGUAGAAUCGUGUGAUUCUACGAUUUAAAUUACUCCAAUCGAGUAGAAUCGGUGUUAUGCUCUUUCUAUCGUAGGGAUCGUUUAAAUUCGACAUGAUCGUGAUCAUACCAAUUCGAACCAUCCUGAUGUUUGCGGUAUUCUGAUGUGUGCAAUAAAUUUCACAUGAUUGUUAUUUCUUGCUUGGUUAUCGGAAUGAAGCGUGUAAGGUGGUGUUUGAAAGCUAACAUCUUGAAAUUUAAUUUGCAGCUUGAAUCAAUUCAAAAUCAUGUGUAUAUUGAGUGAUAUGGGCUUUUUGAAAUUGACC